UUGUUCUUGGGAGAGAAGCUUCGAAUCACGUGUGCCGGGGAAGUUUCCCACUAGUGCGCCUUCUCUAGUCCUAAAGAAGACUAGCGCAUUAUCAAAAGCCUCCCUGGCCGCUUUCAAGUUUGUAUCCGUGAUACAACUUCCAUCAAUCCAAUCUGAGUGAUAUCAUCCAGGCAUGUCUCAGUCUGCGCGGGAGUACUUCAUUGAAUAAUUUCACACGAUAUUUAAAUCUCUUCAACCGCCGGAGAAACGGCCGACAAGCGCCAUGUCUGCGCCCGGUGGUGGUGCUCCAAGCCCUGCUCCUCGCAGCGGUAGCAUUGGCCCGAAUACCUCCAUGCAGCCACUACCUCCUCAGCAGCCCAUGGCUGCUAAUCCUCCUGUAGUGCAUACGCCAACAACUCCGGGGCCUUCAGGACCCCCCCCGGUGUCUCAGCAGAAUCUUAAUCAAAUUGUCAUUGACUACCUGGCCAAAAAAGGCUACACCAGAACGGAGGCAAUGCUUCGUAUGGAGUCAGCCAGUCAAGAAAUAGAUGGCCGAUCUUUACCCCAGUCUAACGAGAAUCAACGGCCCAAGUACCAAGCUGGUUUUGAUCUUUUAAAGGUUUGGAUUGAAGAUAAUCUUGAUCUGUACAAGCCCGAACUUCGACGUGUUCUUUGGCCUUUAUUUGUGUAUUCCUUCUUGGAUUUGGCGACAGCUUUAUAUCCACAAGAGGCAAAGCAGUAUUUUGAAACGAAUAACAAUCUCUUUCUUCCCGAACAUGCAGAGGAUAUACGCACACUGUCAAAAAUUACUUUGCCCGAACAUGUUCAAGACAACUCCACUGCCAAAUUAUAUCGCUCCAACAAAUACCGUUUGAUUCUUAGCAACCCUGCAUUUUCAAAUUUAAUGCAAUUCUUAGAGAACAAACAAAAGGAAGGAGGAUCUGUGAUGUCGGCAAUUCUGAGUAGUUAUUGCAAUGUCACCACCAAGGAUCGGGCUUCCGACGACCGUUUUAGCUUCGCGGCUAUGUUGGGUCGUUCUGCGGAGACUCACACAUUCCCUGCGGAGGACGAGGGUAUUCCAGGUCACCACCCUGGAUCGGCCUAUACUGGCGAUAACCCUGCAAUGACAGGAACUCUGCCUAGGCUAAAACUUGGAAAGUUCCCUCCGGAACCCGAACUAGAGAGUGAUGUUCGUGCAGAGCUUGAAGAGGAGGACUCAAAUAAUCCUCCUCCCCCGUAUGAUCAAAUGAUUAAAAAAGAGGAGGAUGAAGAGGCUCCUACGCGGGCAGAAGUCCCAUUUCCGCCAUCUACCGCGCGUGACGUUGCCAUGGAGGUUCAGCGAGUCAAAGAGAAUCGCGAUCGGUUCCGUAUUGAAGGCCGUUCUGGUGGUGUUGGCGUUGCAUGCUCUGUUUGCAUGUUUACAUUCCAUAAUACUCACGAUCGCAUGAUAUGUAUCGACUUCUCUGAUGACAAUAUGCUGGCCGCUGCUGGCUUUGAAGAUUCAUACAUCCGAAUAUGGAGUCUUGAUGGCAAGGCCAUCAGACCCAGCCACGAAGGCGUGGAAGAGAUUACAGGCACUCCUUCUAACUCGAAACGUUUGUUCGGUCAUUCUGGCCCUGUUUAUGCCGUGAAAUUCGCUCCCUCGGCUCCUCGUUCAGAGGGCGAGAUCGCUCCUACCAAUGCACGUUGGCUACUCUCCUCAUCAGCCGAUAAAACUAUUCGACUCUGGUCAUUGGAUUUGUACCAGUGUAUGGUAAUCUAUAAAGGCCACGACCAGCCUGUCUGGGAUCUUAGCUGGGGACCAUAUGGCUAUUACUUUGUAUCUGGAGGACUUGAUAAAACUGCUCGUCUCUGGGCAACCGAUCGGAUUCGUCAACAGCGAAUUUUCGCUGGCCAUGAUCAAGAUGUUGACUGCGUUUGUUUCCAUCCAAAUUCGGCAUACGUCUUUACAGGGAGCUCAGAUCGUACUGUUCGAAUGUGGGCAGUGACUACCGGAAAUGCAGUACGCAUGUUCACUGGCCACACUGGCAACAUCACAGCUCUGGCGUGCAGUCGCAAUGGAAAGUAUCUUGCAUCUGCUGAUGACCAAGGCUCUAUUUUCUUGUGGGAUUUGGCUCCUGGCCGUCUUUUGAAACGUAUGCGUGGUCAUGGAAAGGGCGGUAUCUGGUCACUAGACUGGAGCGUUGAAUCGACUGUGCUGGUAUCUUCUGGUGCUGACAAUACUGUGCGAGUCUGGGACAUUGCGCCUCCAGCACCCGAACCAACAACAAACCAAGCACGACUGACGGCUGAGAAUGGCACGGGCACGAAAAUCGACGCCAAUUCCAGCACUUCCAGCGGCCAACCGUCUGCUUCAGUUGGCCCUGGCAGCAGCAAAAAGAAAGGAAAAGAGAAUGUAGUAACACCUGACCAGAUCAGCGCGUUCCCGACGAAGAAGAGUCCCGUUUACAAGGUCAAAUUCACGAAUAUGAAUCUGAUUAUUGCCGGUGGUGCUUUUCUGCCUUAGAGAAGCGUGGAUUUGAAGAUAAUUUUAUUCACAUGACAUCGGUAUGCGCUACUUGAACCGGCGGCGAUACCCUGGCGUUGGGCACUUGGGCACGGCUUGGAGUUGAAGGUUUCAUUUCCUUUCUCGUUUUAUUUUCAGAUUACUGGUGCUAGGGAGGGAACUAGUAUUAUUUAAAAACAUAUAUGAUAAACUUCGGAACCUGCAGCAGAACCAUUGAAUGAUCUCCUUUGCUCUUACUGAUUAAGCUGUUCUACAUCAACUGGUAAAUAGAACUUUAAACGACCAAUCGAUUGAAUCCUACACCUCAC